AAUUCUUCUCUCUCUUUCAGCAGCGUAACGCUCUGAAACCCUAAUCUUACCACCAAAACCCUAAUCCCCAAUCUCCUCCAUGGCGUGUACCAUCGACUUCCGGCGCCUGGACGAGGGCUUUGGGGGAAAGACCUACAAGCGAAAGCGUGAAGAAGCUGAGAGCAGCCUCAACAUCAUCAGCUCUGAAAAUGCCGACGCCUCCAUGGACGUCGAUGAGUCGCUUCCACCGCUCAAGCGAUCCGCGAUUCCUUCAUCGGAGAAUCCUGACAAACCGACCUUCGGAAACCCGACCUAUGACGGCGUGAUCGCCGGAAAGGUCUCCGGACGGAAGUGGAAACAGCCGCGGAAGCACAGGACGUCCGCUAUGCUGGUGAGCCGAAAAGGCACCACGUUCGAGGAGAGGGAGAGGCAGAAGAUGAUUAAGGCCGCGUACAGGGAACGGAAGGAGGAAUUGAAGGAGCAGAUUAGGUCAAACAAGGUGGAGAAGAGGAAGAAGAAGGAAGAGAGAGAGAAGAAGAAGAAGGAGAACAUUUUGAGAUCUGGAACUAAGCUACAGAAGAUUACAAAUCCCAAGACACUGAAGAAGAUCGCCAAGUCUAAGCAGAAGAAACUAUUGAAGGUUGUUCCUGAGGAUUACAUUAAAAAGUAGGUCAGUUGCUUCUGUUCUCAGGUCUUCUUCAGUGAUUCCACCAUCAUUCUAGCAUUAUAGAUAGAUUUGUCUGUUUUCUUUUUCUUAAAUUUUGGACUUUUUCUUGUUGAAUUUUUUCGUAUGAUGUACUUGAAACAUAUAAAACUCAACCUAAGGAAAUCAAAACAAAUAGCUGCGUUUCUUGAUGUUUA